AUGCUGAGAAAGGAAUUUGCGUUACUCUUCCCUCAUGCGAUUAUUGCGGACAGCAGAGAUGGAAAACAUACGAUUGACGAUUUCCAACUAGUUGUUUCGCAAGGUCUGCAGCAAUUAUCAGAAACUCCUAAGGAGUAUGCAUACAUUAAUAGUAUGGUUCUGAAUCAGUUUUCACGCGUUGAACAAUUAGAGAAAGAAUUUUUGGUGAAUGAGGCCGAUACACUGCUUUUUGAGACGAGAGAGGACGCAGAGGAACUGCUGCGGAUAGUUUCUCUUGAUGUUAAAAAAGCCAUUCUCGACACUGCUCUGGAAACUAUCUAUUCGCUUCCUUCUACGUCUGACCAAGACACUACGGACAGUAAUUCGCCUUCAGAUUACUCUCCUACCUCAAAGCCCAGGCGAAGAAGACCCAAUCUGCCUAUUUACGCUAAAGAUAUUUUGUCGUGUUGGUUCCGAGAACAUGUGGAUCACCCCUAUCCUACUCAAGCGGAAAAGAUCGAGUUGUCUGAAAGAACGGGACUAAAUUUACAAAAAGUAGACAACUGGUUUAUCAAUGAACGUAGCCGAAAGUGGCGUUCGUAUCGCAGAAAUAUGUUUGUUUGUAGUCACACAAUUGUUAUUUUUGAUUAUGGAUAUUUUGCGUGUUUUCAAAUGAGGUUCUAUGGAUCUGAUUAUGAUAUCAAUUCGGACGAUGACGUUAAUGUAAAAUACACAUACGAUUCAAAGAAGAAGAAGAAAAAGUGGUUGCUAGUCAUUGAGACCAUUCUCUCUGUCACUUUAUGGUACUCCUUUUCCAUUCUUGCAACGGUGAUAAACAAGCGAUUGCUCAACACUGGGAAUGCAGUCUUUCCUCUGACUCUAACAUUUGCCCAUGUCCUUAUUAGUUUUCUCAAUAUGGGGAUUUUUCACCGAUCUGAACUGUUCUUUUAUUUAGGCCGAGCUAAUCUGUGGAAAACUGUACGAUAUCUCUAUCCACUUUCUCUCGCGAUGAUGUGUGCCAAAUUUCUAACCUACACAUCCUACGGGUUAAUACCCGUAUCGCUUACACACACUGUAAAGGCGUUGCAGCCGUUCUUUAACGUGCUGCUGGUUUUUGUUUGGACUCGUGAAAGCGUGGACUCUUCGACUUUUCUUUCGUUGAUCCCGAUUGUCUUCGGUGUGAUUUACGCAUCUGUCAACGAGAUUGAGUGCUUUCUGGGAAUGAGGCUUACUAUCCUGUAG